AUGGAGGAAAUGACGGAUAUCCUCUCCUACGCGGGUCAGGAUGAAUCCUCCCUCGAUUACGUACCGCCUGACAUUGCCGCGACGCGCCUCGACCUUCUAAUCGGCCCAAGCGAUUCACAAUGGGUGCAGAAGCUCAAGUUUUUCUCCGACAGGUUGAAGUCGGAUACUCCCAUCAAAGACAUAAUUCGAGAAAACUUUACAUACCAUGAGAGUCGCAUGUUGAUGCCAUCUGAUCGCGCAGACGUGAAGGAAUUGCAAGCUGCCAACACAAAGCGCUACGAGGCCCUUCUGGAGGAUCGUUUUAAGGGCGUCGGGGACUCUUUGGAAACAAAGCUCACGAUGAUGUACUUUGGGCUGCCAAUUGCGCCAAUGGAGGACAUUCUCAAAGAGCUCUCCAUGGCCGUUGGUCUGGAGGAGGAAGUCCCAUUGUACAACAUCAAACCACCACUGCAUUUUCUUACAGCUCACGAUCGUCGCAACUUGGGAAAGGAUAGCCUCAAAGCCAAGGAAGCCUUCAGUUGGCCCGUCCCGAACGAGACUCCCGCCAUCCCUCAGGAUGGAUGGACUUAUCUUUAUAGCCUCUAUGGGCGCAUACCAUUUCGCACUGGCAAGUGGCGAUCAUUUGCACUCGUCCUACGACAACUGUUGCAUGGUCACCCUGACGACAUUAGGGAGAGGGAGUACAAAUACGACCUCCAUGUCUUUGACAAGAAGACCGGCGACCGGAAGACCAUUCGUGACAAACUGCCCUUAUCCAGGGAUAGUGAAGCAAUGACCUUCCUGCAGGAACACUUUGCCAAUGGCCCAGAUAAGUCACACAAGGAUUGCUGUACUCUCUUUAUUGAUCAAAUUCGGAGGGAGCCCGACAACAGAGUUGAGCACUGGGAGCCUUCCCAGCAACAACUGGAGACAGACACUCUCAGAAUUGGGCGCUCUCUUGGGUCUUUCCCCAAUGGACCUGAGAAGGAUGCCAUCAGUUAUGCUUAUAUCCCAUUCCCUGAAACCAAUACCCCAAGCUUCGUCGCUAGCAACUACGGGUCUCAGCAGUACAAUGUCUACUUCAGGGCCGCCACGGAUAUCCUCUUUGGUCGACCUAUGGGCUACUAUGAUGCAGGAUGCUCCGAGUACAACCAUGCCUUGUUCCGACUCUAUGACAAGAACAAGCCAGACGCUUCAUUGACCGUACCUGUCGUUUACGGUGCCAUGGGUCUGCCGCAAUCGGCCUGGGAGCUUCUUCACCCGUUGAAUAACCCAGGUGCUUGCUGGAUGAUUGAUUGCACCUGGCUCGACCCCGGUGUGAAACCUCUUAUCUUUCCCAACUAUUACCCAAAGCCUAACCCUCACUUGUUGGCACGCGACAGUAAUUCUGGAGAUGAGUUUCAUGAUGCCUUUCACCCGAUUUGUGAGAUUGCUACGGAGGCUUUUGACGACGAGUCGAGCACAAAGCUUGAGACAGUGUAUGUGCUUGAGGGCGACCCCACAAAUAGCUAUGGGGAUGGUAUCAAGGGCUUGGAGAUUCUUCCGAAACGUGGUUAUCGCGGUGGGAACAAUGAUUCCUGCGGACGCGACGUUGGUGAGAAGAUCGAAACUCUGUCGACCUGGUUCUUUACCGUUCACCCUCAUUUUCGUCCUGGGCACUGUCGUCUGUUCCCCGCUUGGCACGAUGGACAAAAAGUCUCUGUAGAGUUGCCACCUCUGACAUCCUCAAUCAGACAGCUCUUUGAGGCGAUAAAUCAGCUGGUAUCCAAGACCAAGUACGAGAGAGACAUGCGCCGGGAUCAUAUAUUGCUCAAAGAGACUCCUUGUGCCGACAGCCUUGGAGCUAGAGACACACCAUCGUAUCUUAUCAGCCCUGACUCAUCUGAAGUUGAAUGGUAUCGUGUGAGAGAAUCCAUCACGUCUCCAGAAAUUACAGUGUCAUUUGUCAAGAAAUCGGAUGUCGACUGGGACACAUGUAUAUCGGAGAACAACAUCUGGGGUAUUCGUGAUUUCAACCCCGAAUUUUAUGUCGUGCGCCCUCGGCUAGGCGACGAUGUUCUUGAAAUCAGGAACCUCAAAGAUGAAAUAGCCGACCCUGUCGUCAAUUACCCUUCAGAACCUCAACGUCUCCCACCCAAAACACCUGGGGAUAACGAGAAGAUUGACCGAGCACGCUCAUCCUACAGAGCUGAGGCGUUCCUGAGCCCUACGCUACCUCAUGUUGAAAUUCGAGAGCCUCCAGCUCCGAAACUCAUUUUGCCCAAGGCCCCGGUACUUCAUGGCCAGUUUGAAGCUGAGGAGGAGCAGGAGUAUGAUGUUGGUGUCUUGGCAACCAGUCGACCUGACUGGGCUAACAGGCCUUAUCCUGCACGCCUUCCUCGGGUUAACAGGCUGGUAGAUUCAGAUUCGGAUUCGGAAGCUUAUGGGUGUUCAUUGACGGGGGAUGAUUCGUCUUCGGGAGAUGGUUCAUUGUCGGGAGACGUCCCUAACCCAAGGAUUGAGAUACAAAUCUCCAGUGAUCACAGCAGUGAUGAAUCAAGCAGAGGGGACGAUGACGGGGGCAUGGAUGAUGAUAAUGGCGAUGACAAUGAAGAUGGCAAUGGAACCGAACACAUCGCUGCCUCUCAACCUGGUCCUUCCAACAGAUCACCCUGGAAUUUUGAUGAAUACGCGCCACGAGAGGCCCGAGAACGUACAUGGGCCACUCAACCCAGUAUCUUCGGUAACUUCAGAGCCGGGUCUUCGUUAGCUGAAAUUGGCAUUCCGGUGACUGCUGCGCCUGCGGAGAAGAUGCUUCGCACCUCUAACUCCGGCAAUGUCCCAAUGAUCUCCAAAGCCAUCCUCACACCUACCGAGCAGGCUGAGCUUCAGCGCGCCCUCUGGGACACUCGUAACCUGCUCCUCAAGCGCACCAUGCAGUGCAUCUUCGAGGACUGCGACUUCACCUGCCGGGUUGACGAUCAUGAGGCCAGGAAGAAACAUACUAUGGAAGCUCAUAAGUCACGAUCGUGUCCCUGGUGCGCCGAGCCUAUGUUUGAAUGGUGGGAUAAGCCUCAGAGGAUGAAGCAUAUGCGGGAGAAGCAUACCAGGGACUUGAAGAAUGUCUUGGGUAUUGUGGAUAAACCUAUUCCUAGGACGACGGCUGCAGUGCCGCGCCCAGCCCAACCUCCUCAGCAACCUCCGGGUUACCCUCAGCCAGUGGUUCAAUCCCAAUCUGCUCAACCGUUCUCUCUGGGACAGGUUCCCAAUCCUUUUACUGCACCUCGUUCAGCCCCCGCUCGCCGCCCAGCUCCUGUAGCUCCUAUGGAACCUCGUACAGCCCCGGCUCCGGCAGCUGGUACAGUGAUACCAAACAUCUCUGGCCCUGGUUUGAUGCCUAGGCGACCGCCGGUAGAGGCAAUGGAAAAGCUCCAGCUUCCGGAUCGUAUCACCAGGGCUUGGCGGCAACCGCCGAAAAAGACGGGGGAUAAAUAUAAACUCCCUCAGGCUCCACGAAGUCUCUCAAACCCCCUUGCCUGGUAUGAUAUGACUGGACCGACAGCUGUCAUCGAUCCUCCACAAUUUUGUCCCAUGAAAAAGUGCGUCUCUAUGCCUGAUAUCAGCAACCUCGGCUCUUGGGGCUUAUGGCAACACCUUAAGCAAGACCAUUGGUUUCAUACGCUUAGUAAGUGUCCAUUCUGCGAUCUUCCGUUCUUCGAAGUCCAGGGCACAGAUGGGGAAGGCAAAGAAAUAGGCAGUACGCGAAAGGAAGACGAGUGUAUCAAGCACAUGGACUGUCAUAUCUAUGAGCUCUGGCAUCAUCUACAGCCAGUCCACGAACGUCCGUAUAUGGUCUAUCCUCAGAACACCCAGAGCCCAGUGAGGGGAGAGGUGGAAACUGUCCGGAGGAUCAAAGAAACGGCGGCUGAAGAGAUAGAAGCGAGAGCUCAAGAGGCGGCUAGAAAAAAGACUGAAAAGGAAGCCAGGAAGAAGGCCGAACAGGAAGCCGCCGCUCGAGUUGAAGAUCUAGUUCAAGCUCGACAGUGCAGACCUCCGCCUGUCAAGAAGUGUGCCUACUUCGGGAAGUGCGGUAUUGUCAUUGGGGAUAUGGAUGUAAAGGAGUAUCGUCGUCAUAUUAGGGAAUGGCAUGAAGAGGAACAGGUGCACUUGCUCCCAUCAGAUGACGAGGGUAAGAGCAACGAUGACGAGGCAGAUCGCGGUGAUCAUAGCGAUUCUAGCAAGCGACAGUCUUCUGUUCUUAAACCUGCUCGUGGAAAUCCUUCUCCCGCUAGAAAUGCCUCGAUGAGCAAAUCUCCGACUCCGCGGGUGACUGAGGUCUCUUCAGACGAUGAGGUUGUGGAUGAGUCCAACCAGUCAGCUGGUGCUGUGGUGGUAACCAAGAAGCCUGCCCCCAAGAAACCCCCUGCGAAGAAAGGGGGCAAGAAACGCAAGGCCCCAACACAGGAGAUUGAAUCGACAAUUGAGAGUCACAGUGAAGCCGCUUCUACAGUUUCUCGUGGUCGACGGCGAUAUGCCAAGAAAGCUCAAGCCGAACCACCUGAGACAGCGACUUCCUCCACUGAAGCACAAAGCAGCGAGGCUCCGAGCCCUGCCGCCGGAGGACGAGCCCGGACCAAGAAGGCCAAGAAGACUCUCGGUACGGGAGAAAAGGAUGGCGAGUAUGAAGAUGAUGGGUACGAGACGGAUGACUACGACGAGGAACCGAAUGAGCAAGGAGGAAAGCCCUUUCGUCGUCGAGCCAAGUCUCCAGACUGGGUGAAGAGACUCGGUCCUGAAGAUCCCGACUUUGAUCCCGAUGAUGACAUGUAUUGCUCCAAAUGUCUCCGCAAGGUACCUAAGAAGCGAAGCAAGAGUCCCAACCACUCGCCCAUCGGUCGCGAUGCAGAAGUCGAGGCUCAUACCGACAAGCAUCGAUGCUGUGGUAUCCGCAACGCUCCAGGCUCUAUCGAACAUCUCCCCAACCGCAGCGGCUGGAUCAAAGGCUCCGAUAUCCCCAAGACACUCGGCAAAAUCAAGAAAUCAUUCCGCCGCCGCUACCCAACAUACGCACGCACGGUCUAUCCCACCAACUCAAACGACCAGUUCGCAUCAGUCUGGCGCUCCGAUCCCAAUAACGAAGAAAACAAAGAAUGGUGGGACAUUCCCUGGCCUCCUUACGAAGGAGAUCCUCCCUUCCCUGGAUCGUGGGAGGCACCCGAUCUGCCAUGGGACGAUACCUCAGCUGGACGAAGGCGACGCGAGAUGUAUACCGGAGUACAGGUUCAUGAUCCUCUGUAUAGGUACCAGAGCGACUCUGACACUGAUGGGUCGAUGCAGGCGGCUGUUCCGGAGGAUAUUAGUAAUCUGAACAUUGAUGCUAAUCCGGCACUGAAGAGGCCUGAGAGUGCGAUUACUUCGAUUGAGGAGGCGACUGAGGAACCUGCUGCGAAGAAGGCCAGGACUGGGACUAAUACUGUCAAGCGUAGUAAGAAGGCGGGUAAAGCCAGCACUCAACCUUCGCGUGCUUCGAGUCGAAUUCGAAUGCAGAAAACUGCUACUGCUUCGCCUGCGCCGUCGACUGCUCCUUCAACAGCGGCAGCAGCGGCACCUGCUUUGAAACCUGCUUCUUCAAAAGCAGCUGCUUCAACGACUGCGACUCUGGCUCCAGAGCCUGACUAUGAUAGCAGUGAUCCCGAUAGGUGA